UCCACCCUCCAUCCUCCAACCUCACCUCACCUCACCUCACCUCUCAACUUUCCCGCUCCUCUCUCUCGCCCUCCAUCUCCCCCCCAUCCCCCCAUCAUCCUCUCCCCUUCUCCCAUCCUCCUCCUCCUGUUCUCUCCCGCCUACCUCACCUCUCGCCUCCUCCGUCAACCUCUUCACCCGUCGCGAGCUACCACCUCCACCCAUCUCUCUCACCGACUCGACUUCCGCGUUCCACCCUCCACCCUCUGCGCUCCGCGCUCCGCUCUCCGCACUCCGCCAUCGUCACUUUCACCCUCUACCUCGCCGAAUCCGCGUCGUAUUCCACCUCACUUCCUCACCUUUCCGCUUGUUUUCUUUGGCGUGCGACCUACCUUUGUUCCUGCUUACCUCUUUGAUUGCGUUUAGAUCCUCCUAACGAACAGAAAGCAAUUUCUGCCUCUACGAUCGGGAUCAAAAGUUAUUCGCCUUCGCAAAAAAAAGGAAAAAAUUGCGUUGAAAAUAUCUCCCCACACCGCCAUCAAUUAUAUCCCUCCUCACUCCAAUCCCAUCCUAGCUUCUUUUUAGCAUUUUCAAAAUGGCAAACAACGAAUCUCGUGACGCCGCCCCGGCUGUGGUCGAUGAAGUAAUGACAGACUAUAGCCGCAACGAUCAGGGCGAAGCUGACGGCCCCCCUAAGACUGAAGAGGAAUACGCUCAGUCUACACUGACCCUUCGCGCCAUUGUUUCUUCAAAGGAAGCUGGUGUGAUUAUUGGCAAAGCUGGCAAGAACGUGGCAGACCUGCGUGACGAAACUGGUGUAAAAGCUGGCGUGAGCAAGGUCGUACAAGGUGUCCAUGAUCGAGUUUUAACCGUCACUGGUCCUCUUCAAGGUACCGCUAAAGCCUAUGCCAUAGUCGCCAAGGGUUUGCUUGAAGGUGCUCCUCAGCUUGGAAUGGGUGGUGUGGUUUCGAAUACCGGUACCCAUCCUGUUCGCCUUCUUAUAUCUCACAAUCAAAUGGGCACAAUCAUUGGCCGCCAGGGCUUGAAGAUCAAGUAUAUCCAAGACGCUUCUGGAGUCAGGAUGGUCGCACAGAAGGAGAUGCUCCCACAGUCAACUGAACGGAUCGUUGAAGUUCAAGGCACACCCGAAGGAAUCGAGAAAGCCGUGUGGGAAAUCGGCAAAUGUCUUAUAGAUGACUGGCAACGCGGGACUGGGACUGUUCUCUACAACCCCGCUGUUCGCGCAUCCGUUGGCGGAGGCCCCAUGAAUAAUUCGCUCGGAUCUGGAACCGCUGCAGGCGGUUACGGUGGACGCUCUUACAACCGUACUGGAAAUGGUGCUGAUUUUAGCGACCAAACCGGUGGCUAUAACCGACGCUCGAACUCCGAUGCAGCCAACCGCGGCAUCCCGCUUGUAACUGAAGACGGAGAGGAGGUCCAAACACAGAAUAUCAGCAUUCCUUCCGACAUGGUUGGCUGCAUUAUUGGCCGAGGUGGAAGUAAAAUCAGCGAGAUUCGAAGGAGCUCCGGUGCCCGUAUUUCCAUCGCCAAAGCCCCACACGACGAGACUGGUGAACGUAUGUUUACAAUCAUGGGCAGCGCAGCAGCUAACGAAAAAGCCCUCUACCUCUUGUACGAGAACCUGGAAGCCGAGAAAAUGCGCCGCAGCCAGCAACCGCAGGAGUGAAGCAGCCCCACUUCGCCCGAGUAGGGUUCAUGGUAGCAGUGCGUCCAGAUGUUGCGUGACAGUGCGGGUGUCUUUAUACUGUCGAGGCAGACUGUGGAUUACAUUAGGCAAUCAUCAGUGUCGCUAUUCCCCUAAGUCUCAAACCCACAGAUCCGCCAAACCUCCGGUUUCUUUUAGUCAUUAUAUCCCGUACCCGAUACCCAAACGAUUCUCCCUUGCUCAACAGUGGUGUUGUCAUGGUAUAACGAACUGGACUUCUUGGGCCUAUCGACCUCGACCGUCACAGACCGCUCCGCUUCAGUACUCCUGAACUCUCCAAGAUCUUCAUUUCCCGCCCCGUUUCUCGCAAUGUACUGGAUUAUUCUUCUUAAUCUUACCUACUCUUACCAGUCUCUCUUAUCCAUGUUUCCCCCUUGAACUCUUAUUUUCCGUGCGCCUUAACUCCAAGUUUCAUUAAAAUCCGUACCUUUUAUCCUUCUUCCCCGCUUAAAAGUCGCGUCAAUUGUUUACGUCACAUCAACGAUGAAUCCCGAAUCACACAAAUACCAAUCCUUCAAAAACACUCAUGUCUCCAUUGAAAACUUAUUUUUCUCCCUCGAUUCUUCUCCGUUUCUUCCAUCAUGCCAUUCAUGUAUUCCUUUUUACCGCCUUCGUCCUUGUUCUCGUCCCUCCCAAAUGGCAUUCUAUUCAUCCGCAAGAAAAGAAAAAAAAAUCUCACACGCGCAAAACUGAAAGCUCCCCAUGAUUCUACGCUACGUAUACAUGGCUAAUGUCCCUUUCCAUGUGCAAUCCGCUUUUGUUCUUCAGUAUAUCAACUUGAGAGACAACUCUGCCAAAUUGAACCACACACGCAGCAGCUGCACGCAACAUUGUUAAAGGUGGACAGAUAAAUGGACCUUUGAGGACGUCCUCCCGCUCUCUCUUUCCUAUCUAUCAAUUUGUGUCUUGACGAAAGAGAGAGGAGCCGCGAGCAAAUUAAAAAAUGAGAUUUGAUGUCUUCAUUAUAAUAAUAUAAAAAAAGUAGCCAAAAAAACUAAGAAUUAAAAACAUUAUCUAUCAAAAACUGAUGCCUUCUCAUUCUGUGUCCAUCAUCUAAGAUUACUUGAAAUGUGAAAACCAAACUGAUGAACAAUUUCCUAGAAAUUCUUUCAUUACUGAUAAGUAAAAGAAGGUGCACUGUUCAUUUCAUUCAGACCAAGAUGAAU